GAAAAGAGGCGGUCAGCGUGGAAAAAGCUCAGCUCUUCCCUGCAUCCCGCGGCCAGGCAGCGGCACUGUCACACCACGCGUGAAAAGCGGAAGAGCUAAAAGCAGCAGGAGUGGCUACCCCAGUGACAGCUGGUCCUAGACAGGCCAGCAUUUCGUACAUGUGCGUUUUGAAUUCUGGCUAUUUUCAGACUGCACGCUGCCUGCGUACACACAGCAUGCACACCUGCUAGUGCCCAUGCAUUAUCUAUAACGUCCCUACUUAGCCUGUGCAUGUGGAUGCUCCUAGCCAGCAUUCCAGAGCACACAAUACAAAACUGAAGAGAGAUGUCACUUUGUUGGAGACCCUCCCAGAGUGUCAUGUCCAGGCAGGAAGGCUCCAUGUGUCAUUCUCCUCCUCCUCCUGCAGCAGAAGACCACAGUUCCUGCAAACACCCCCCUGCUCUCCAGGGCUGCCCACUGACAGGCUACAAACACAACUGAGCCCUUACAGGACUCAGUUUACCUUCAGCAGUUAGCCACAACCCAUAAUCACGGCCCCUGUGCUUAAAAAGAAGCAAAAACCCCUCCCUCUCCCAAACUAGCUUAAUUAGGAAAUUAGCCUGUUAAUGAAUUACCAGAACUAUAAAACCGCUAUAAGCCACACUGGCAAAAAAGGAUCAAGAUCUCAAAGGGGGUCUUCAUAGAAGCUGAAGGGACGUUCUGGACUCCAUAAACCUGACAGUAGUGGGAUUCUGCACUAUGCUGUCCACCAAGAGGCACGGUACCAGCACCCUGACCAUAAAGGAAAUCCUAGAAAAUGGAUUUGUGGCCGGGGCCUCCAGCCAUACCCAUUCUUCUCCUGUCCGCAGUUACUACAUGGACUCUAGCAGUGUCUCCAAAUCAGACACCUGGGAGCUUCACAUGGACUUGGACAGUGCAGCAAAAAGCAGUUCCCUGUGUGUUGUCAAGCAGUCAGAGUCUCUGAGCAGCUGCAUGAAGACCGACCUGCACAGCCUGACCCAGGGCAUCUCUGACCUCAGUCUUGUUUGCUUCUGCAAGACCCACCACAAUCAGGCUGCUUUUGACCUGUCCAGUUUGCCUUGUGAGCACCCCAGCAGAGCUGGCUGCCUGAUGGAUGUGGUGUUGCAGAACACCUCAACACCGUGCAAGAAAGAAAAGCACCCCAAACUGCUGGAGAGCCUGCUCUCCAAGAGCACCGAGCUCGUCGGUGACCUCUCAACCCUUGGGAAGAUGCCAGGACCCAGAUGGGAGAUCUCAGCAAUAAAAGGCCCCCUGGAUACCAGCCUGUCCCUUGACGUGAGCACCGAGGAGCUGAGGUUACUGGGAUGCUGCAAACCAGACACACCAUCCCUGGAGACCUCUGUAGUAAUUCCUCUGGCUUGGCCUGGAGCCUUCAAGAAAGCACCGUAAGCUGAUCCACAGGUCUGCCACCCCCGAGACCCAGCUGAGUGAUCUUGACCCUGUCCCUGUGUUUCUGCAUCAGGCUCUGUGAUGCUGCUGCCCUGGCUCCAUGCCGGAGCAUGGUGGGCUGCAGGGUGCCAGCCUGGGGACCUUCUGUGCUGCAGAGGAGCAUUCCGUGCAGGGCUGCCGUCCCUGCUGCAGCACAGAAGAUGAAGCACCCCUGCUCUGCCCUGACCCAGGGCCUUGCUUGCUGAUGGCACCACCUGGUAAAAGGUUAAACCACCCAACCUGGGGUGACUGAAACCACAAACUGCUUGGGGCACUGCUGGGUGCAGGAAGCUUCUUAGGCUGCUGAUGGCAGCCCCCGAAAGCUAGCCCCAGCUAACCAGCAGCCCUACUGGCUCCCCCUUCCUCCCCGAUCGCUGUCUUUUGUAUUAAUGCAAUAAAGAUAUAAAUUUCACUGUGCGUGCAGUCUCUGGUGCUCUCUGACUGCUCGCCUGAGCUCCGCUGAAGACGGGCGCAGGGCCGGCCGGGGCCCGCGGCCGGGCCCGGCUCCAGCCAGACUGGGGCCCGGCUGCCGGCAAAACCCCACCGAGCGCAGCCGCCUCCAGCGCCUUCCCCACCCGCGGGGGGAGCCCCCCGCGCCCCAAGCCCGGUGCGGAGCUCCGCGGCCC